GAUCGGGGGGCGGUAGGGGCAGAUCUGGAGGCACAUGAGGCGGCGCCGGAGAGGAGGAGGAGGGGAGAGUGGGUGGUGUAGUGUGGGAGACGGAGGCGAUGCGGUGCGGCGCGGGUGGUGAUCCUGGAGGCGGUUGUGGUGGCGAGUGAGGCGGCGGCGGUGGCGGAGGAGGGGGGCGGGAUGGAGGAUGUGGCCGUGGCCGCGGUUGCCCCGGCGGCGGCGCCGGUGUUCGGCCCCGCCGCCGCGGCUGGGCUCACACUGAUCGCCGCGGCGGCCGCGGACCCGAUCGCGGCCGUCGUGGCGGGGGCAGCCAUGGACGGGGUGGGUGUGACCGUGCCGCCGGUCAGGACGGCGUCGGCGGUGGAGGACGACGCGAUGGCGCCGGGAGGGGAGGAAGCGGGGGAGGCGUCGGCGGUGGGGAGCCCGUGCUCGGUGACCAGCGACUGCAGCAGCGUGGCCAGCGCGGAUUUCGAGGGCGUGGGGCUCGGCUUCUUCGGGGCGGCGGCGGAUGGCGCCGCCGCUAUGGUGUUCGAGGAUUCGGCGGCGUCAGCGGCCACCGUCGAGGCAGAGGCACGCGUCGCGGCCGGGGCCAGGAGCGUCUUCGCCGUCGAGUGCGUGCCACUGUGGGGGCACACGUCAAUAUGUGGCCGCCGCCCAGAAAUGGAGGACGCCGUCGCCCCGGUGCCCAGAUUCUUCGACAUACCGCUAUGGAUGCUCACCGGCAACUCUGUGGUCGACGGUCUCGACCCCAUGUCGUUCCGCCUCCCAGCACACUUCUUUGGUGUCUACGACGGCCACGGUGGCGCACAGGUUGCGAAUUACUGUCGGGAGCGGCUCCACGCAGCGUUGGUGGAGGAGCUGAGCAGGAUAGAGGGUUCUGUGUCCGCUGCUAACUUGGGAUCUGUGGAGUUCAAGAAGAAGUGGGAAGAGGCGUUUGUGGACUGCUUCUCUAGGGUGGAUGACGAGGUGGGAGGCAGUGCGAGCAGGGGGGCAGAUCCUGUAGCACCUGAGACCGUGGGAUCUACGGCUGUGGUCGCUGUGAUCUGCUCCUCGCACAUCAUCGUAGCUAAUUGUGGUGACUCACGGGCGGUGCUCUGUCGUGGCAAGCUGCCUGUGCCACUAUCAGUGGAUCACAAACCUAACAGGGAGGAUGAAUAUGCAAGGAUUGAGGCAGAAGGUGGCAAGGUCAUACAGUGGAAUGGCUAUAGAGUUUUUGGGGUUCUUGCCAUGUCGCGGUCAAUAGGUGACAGAUAUCUCAAGCCAUGGAUAAUCCCGGUCCCUGAGGUCACUAUUGUUCCUCGAGCAAAGGAUGAUGAAUGUCUUGUUCUUGCUAGCGAUGGUCUUUGGGACGUAAUGUCAAAUGAAGAGGUAUGUGAUGUUGCCCGCAAGCGAAUACUACUAUGGCAUAAAAAGAAUGGCUCGAACUCAUCAUCAGCCCCACGAAGCGGUGACUCAUCAGACCCAGCAGCUGAAGCAGCUGCUGAAUGCUUGUCAAAGCUUGCUCUCCAGAAGGGGAGCAAGGACAACAUUAGCGUCAUUGUCGUUGACCUCAAGGCACAUAGGAAGUUCAAGAGCAAAAGCUAACAUCUGCUUGAUGAACAGCAACAGUGACAAAUUUCUAGGGAUCUACCGAUUUGGAGAAUCCAAAUUCGAUCAAUUUAGUGCACUCCUUUUAGUACACGACUUAGCCCAGUUCUCACGCUAUUUUCUUUUACCAUUUGAGCCUCCAAGGGCUGUAUUCAUCAUGUAUACGGUACAGAUUGCGAAAUCCGCACCGGGGUUUAUGUUUUCCGAUGGCGGUGAUCAUCCCCGUUUUCUGUUCUUCUUUCGUUGUUGCCCCCCUUAUUCUUUUUGUUAAGCUGGGCCAUCAUGUAUCUGGCAAUGUAUAUUUAAGCCUGUAGGGUACAAAGAAACUCUGAGUGGUAUAAAGGAUGAUGUACGGCCUUCUCAACUAAGAAUCGGGUCCGGAUCACCUUGUAUU